UGGGCCAAGCGAAUGAGGAAGACACAACACAAGAAGUGUUGUUGCUAGCUUACAAUUGACACACUAUGUGAGAGUUUAGAGGAAGUCAUGUCAGGUGGUGUGGUUCAUUUUCAGCUCUGUUUGUGCCGCCGCCUUCAAAGUUCAAAGGUUGUUGUAGUUUAGUGAAUGGUUGACAGGGCUGAAAACUCUCAGCCUGCAGUCGUGCUCGUUCAGAAGAGACGGUCCAGACGCCAAGAGAUAAAAGUAUACACCAGGGCGUCCUGACAAUGACACAACUAUCCUUUAAAUACUUCAGCAAAAGAUGCAGCGCACCUCUGUCCCACCAAUAUAUAAUGUCACCAUUUGCGGUGGAACCCACGGGAAUGAGUUGACUGGGGUGUACAUUGUGAGGGAAAUGCAGAAACAGAAGAUGGAGAAAGCUGGGUCUGUUUCUGUAACCACCGUUGAGACCAACCCAAGAGCCGUGGCUGCUGGCAGACGAUACACAGAGAUGGAUCUGAACCGCUGCUUCACAGAUGUCUUGCUGAGUUCCCCCAUAACAGAGUCAACCCCGUAUGAGGUGAGGCGAGCCCAGGAACUGAACGCUCAGCUGGGGCCCAAAGGAAGCGCAAAGGCUGUUGACCUGCUCAUAGAUCUGCACAACACCACUUCCAACAUGGGCCUGUGCUUCAUCUUCUACUCCAUAGACUGGAUCACUCUUCACAUUUACAAAUACAUAGAGAAUAACUUGAACUCUGUGCCUGUCAGAGCGAUCCAGCUGGACAUUCCCAGCUCCGAAGCUUAUUCCCUGGAGUCAGUGGGCAAACAUGGCUUUGCGAUAGAAGUCGGCCCGCAGCCUUGUGGUGUGCUCAGAGCUGAUAUCUUCAACGUGGUGAAAGAAGCAUUGGAUCUCACAUUACAGUGGCUUCAGAAAUUCAGUUCUGGGCACAGUUUUGAAGGCGGCACAGUGGACGCAUACACUUUUGUUAAAAGUGUUGACUACCCAAGAGACUCGGCUGGUAAAGCUACUGCUAUCAUCCACCAAGACCUACAGGAUAAUGACUUUAAGCUUCUGCGGUCAGGGGAUCCCAUCUUCCAGACAUUUUCUGGGGAUAUUUUGAAAUACGAGGGAGAAGACCUCUACCCUUUCUUUGUGAAUGAAUGCGCCUACUACGAGAAGAAGAUUGCUUUCCAUUUAGCUCAGAAAAAAACAUACAGCUUUCCGCAUAUAAGCGUGAAAAACGAUUGA